UCUCUUGCUAACUGCUUUAAUUUGCAGCAUAAUCUUCAUAACAAAGCAAAAGAAAACGCGUUGGCAUUUACAGAAUAUAUCCUAUUUCUUAUCUUCUUCAAUACUUUAUAUAAAAACAUAGUCCUUCACCAUUUCUCCACUUAAAAUUCUCCAUUCUACUAAAGCAGAUUCUCAGCAGAAUCUUUACCAUAUCAGACAGUAUAAACUUUUUCUUUGACCGAUCGAUUAUGACAAUCACACCAGAGAAUAACCAAAUACCAGCUAAAGCUAAAGAAGCAGAACCCCACGAAACAUUUCCCACUGCAGCUCCUUCAUCAACUUCAGGAUCACAAGAUCCAUCACCUGAUAUGGGUCGGGCAAAAUUGGGUACCCAUACUAUGGGACCUCCAGCAGUUCCAACUACACAUCCAGACAACCAGAAGGCUGCCUUAUGGAGAGCUGAUCAGGACCAGCGCCAUGAUUUUCAACCGCAGCCUUACCUUGUGUAUUCUCCUGUCCAAAGGCCGAGCAACAACCCUCUUGAUCCUGUUGUUCAUAUGCUCAAUUUUUGGAGUAAUAAAGCUGAGACCGCCGCCCGCAACGUCUGGCAUAACCUGAGAACUGGGCCAUCAGUGUCCGAAGCUGCAUGUGGAAAGCUUAAAUUGACAGCUAAGGCUUUGACAGAGGGAGGAUUUGAGCCAUUAUACAAGCAGAAUUUUGCUACAGAUCCAAAUGAGCAGUUGAAGAAAACAUUUGCUUGUUACCUAUCUACAACAACUGGCCCUGUUGCUGGAACUCUGUAUUUGUCAUCUACUAAAGUGGCUUUCUGCAGUGAUCGUCCCUUAUCUUUCGGAGCUCCAUCUGGACAGGAAGCUUGGAGCUACUAUAAGGUUGCAAUACCAUUGGCAAACAUUGGCACUAUCAACCCUGUAGUGAUAAGAGAAAAUCCAUCGGAAAGGUACAUUCAGAUUGUUACCAUUGAUAGUCAUGACUUUUGGUUCAUGGGAUUAAUUAAUUUUGAGAAAGCAAAGCAUCAUCUCCUAGAGACUUUAUCAAUGUUUAGAGGGCAACCUUUUGGUGGACAUGGCAAUGUGCCAAUGGCACAACCCGCUGUAAAUUGCUAGGUGAUGAAAUCUUGGAUUACACAUUUGUUUUUCAGAUUGUUGUUCCCUUUGUAUUUGGAAGAUAUAUUGUAUUAUACUAGUAUGUUUCAUGACAGAGAUUGGGGUGCUUCAUAUGUGUUCAACGAAAUAGAUUUUAUGCUUCUUUCACUAUAUUGGUUUUAUUGCUUUA